UUUGUGGCAACCGAAGAGAAACGGGCGAUCCGUGCAGCUUCGAAAUUCAACACGAAGCUAUAUUACUCUGUUGAUCUUGGUAUGUGGCGACGUUGAAUCUUGCCCUGGACCUACAUCAGCUCAAAUCGGUGGUGGCGAGAGAGUUAUCGAUGAACUUAUGUCAUUGCUUAAGGUAAAAGGCUUAAAGAUUUUGCACCAAAAUACCAGAGGGCUAUCGUCUAACUUUGCGUAUAUCUCAGAGUUAUUUCAAAGCUUCAAAGGAAUUGACAUCCUGACUUUAAGUAAAACGCAUAUUGAUGAGCAAGACGGAUUCGAACCUGACUCAUAUUACGAUAUUCCCGGGUAUUCAUUUAUUAGUCGACCAAGAAAAUCUGGGAAAGGGGGUGGUGUUGGUGCCUACAUAUCGGAUGGACUUAUUUGGGAUCGUAGACUAGAUUUAGAAAACGAAAAAAUUGAAGUUGUUUGGUUUGAAAUACGCCCUAAAAGUUCGAAAGGUAUUUUGAUUGCGUCUGUCUACCGCCCUCCUGAUUCAUCCAAGCACCUAAACAAAGACUUUAAUGAACUGUUUAAUAGCAUGCUAACAAAAGCUAUGAGUGAAUCAAAGGAAACCAUACUCCUCGGGGACAUGAAUGCAAAUUUUCUUGACAAUAAAGACAAUAAAGAUCUUAAGUCAAUAUUUAAUGUGCAUGGCCUCAAACAAAUGAUUAGGCAGCCCACAAGAAUCGCAGAAGGCAUUGAAUCGUUAAUCAAUAUCAUUUUAACAAACAAACCUGUGAACUUAGUACAAUCUGAAGUCAUUCCUACAAGCAUUGGAGAUCACGAAAUGAUAGGUUGUGCACGAAAGUUAAAUUCAAACCACUACAAUGCCAGGCUGAUAUCCUGUCGCGACUAUAAAAACUACAAUCCAGAAUUGUUGAAAACUGAUUUACGGAAAAUUAAUUGGAUGCCGUUUUACAACGAAUCAAAUGUUAAUGACGCUUGGUUGUUACUAAAGUCUACUUUAACUAAUUUAUACAACCGUCAUGCUCCAAUCAUUAAGAAGAAUGUAAGGGGAAAGCCUGCCCCAUGGCUAAAUGAGGAUAUAAAAUCUAUUAUGAAUGAGCGAGACCAACUGCUGAGAAAAUCGAGGCGAACCAGAAGUAUCGCGCACUCUUUAGCGUACAAGCAAAAGCGUAACGAGACGAACAUUGCAAUUAGGAGAGCAAAAUCGUCUUAUUAUAAAAAUUUGCUAAGCGAAAAUUCUGAAAAUCCUAGCAAAUUUUGGAAAGUGCUUAAGUCUAUUUUUCCCUGUAAGAAUUUUAAGAAGCACAAUUCACAAUCUUUCGACAUCGACGGUGAAGUUAAAUCCUGUAACCCCUCGACAAUCGCAAAUGCGUUCGGUGAGUUUUUUGCAGGAACUGUCAAAACGUUAAAGGAAAAGGCUUUUCCUUUAUGCGAUUUUGCCUGGAGAACGCCCGCGAGUAUGUCAGUUAGAACCGACCUGAAAUUCAAAUUCCAACCGGUCUCGAAAUUCGAAGUUGAACGAAAGCUAAAAUCAAUUAAACGCAGCAAAGCAACGGGUCUCGAUGAUUUACCUCCAGGGUUACUGAAAGACUCUGCUGAGUUGCCAUAGCUGCUCCCUUGACGCACUUGGUUAACCUCUCACUAGCAACAAACAUUUUCCCAGCUGAUUGGAAAAAUGCCAAGAUCAUACCAAUAUAUAAGUCUGGAGCACAUUCAAACCUAGAUAACUAUCGACCAAUAUCGAUACUACCGGUCCUGUCUAAAAUCAUUGAAAAGAUAGUCCACCGUCAACUAAUGUCAUUUUUGGACAAAAAUUCUCUCUUGUCUGAGUUUUAGUUUGGCUUCCGCCGUGGCCUUUCGACUGAGCUUGCAACAACCUUAUUAUUGGAUGAUAUACGUAGAGAAGUUGAUUCGGGGAAACUAGUUGGUGCCGUAUUUAUUGACUUGAGUAAGGCUUUUGACACAAUCAGCCACGCAAAGUUACUAGAUAAACUUUCUCGAUAUGGAAUAAAUGACGGUGAGCUUGAAUGGUUUAAAGACUACCUUUUCUCCCGUAAAGCGGUAGUAAGCUACAAUAACUGCUUAUCUGAGGUACACGAAAUCUAUUCUGGUGUUCCGCAGGGAUCGAUAUUGGGACCAUCGCUGUUCUUGGUUUUCUUCAAUGAUAUAACAGAUGUGGUAAACCAUUCCAAAGUCAUUAACUAUGCUGACGACACUGUUUUGUACGUUGCAGACAAGCAGACCCAAUCAAUUCAAGCAAAAUUAGAUAAAGACAUGGAUUCGAUUGCUGGCUGGUUGAAAGAAAACGAACUGAUAAUCAACCUAAAGAAGGGCAAAACGGAAUCCCUUCUAUUUGGAACUGCCAAACGAAGAAGCAUGCAAACUGAGCCACUCGAGGUCUCCGUACCAUGCUCCACGCGGACUACAAUAACGAAUACAUCUGAUUAUAAAUAUCUUGGCGUGCAUGUGGACGGAUCACUGAGUUUGAGUUCUCAGUUUGAAAAAAGUCUCAAGAAAGCAUCAGGGCGGUUGAGGCUCUUGUUUAAGAUAAGAGAUCUUCUCGAUUUACCUUCGGCCAAAGCCAUUUAUCGCACGAUGAUCAUGCCCAUACUUACGUAUUGUGGCGUACUGCAAUUAAACCUAGGUCGAACGCAGCUGGCCAGACUUCUAUCAUUCCACGACCGUUCUGUGUCCACUGUGUUCAAAGGGGAACAGGCGGGUGAACAACAUCUUAUAUCUGCUGUAAAUGCCAACAAAUUAAGAGCAUGCAAACUGGUGCGCAAAUGCAUUGAUAAUGACAUUUGUGAUAUUUUUAAAACUUACUUCACAAUGCAGCAACAUGGCAGAGAAACAAGAAACAAUAACAAUAUGAUAAAGCUACCAGCGAUUAAAACUGAGUAUGCUCGUAAAUCUUUCUAUUUUAUGGGAGCUAAGAUUUAUAACGACCUACCUAUAGAAUUAAGAAAGAUUGAGAACAAUCCGGAUUUUGAGAAUAAGGUUACGGAACAUUUUAAUGAAUUAUAA